AUGGGAAGCGUCAGUAGCCUCAUCUCGGGGCACAGCUUCCACAGUAAACAUUGCCGGGCAUCACAGUACAAGUUGCGCAAGUCAUCCCACCUGAAGAAACUGAACAGGUACUCCGAUGGGCUGCUGAAGUUUGGCUUCUCUCAGGAAACAGGCCACAAUAAGUCCAGCUCCAAGGGCAACAAGAACGAGGACUUCUUCUACAUCAAGGUCAACCAAAAGGCUCACCAGGCAGACUAUGUGCCACUCACCAGCGGAGACCUGGGUCGCCAGGGUGGAAGCAGCAGUGUGGACUAUGGCACCCCAACACCACCCAAACUGAAGCCAGUCCCCAACCAGGUGGAACUUGCUUCAGACAAGAGCUCCGCAAGGCCCACGGCCUUUAAGCCAGUCCUUCCUCGCUCGAACACGGUCCUCCUCUCAUCCCCAGAGCACGGCAACGGCCAUGCCCCGCAGCCACUCCUACCACAGGACAAAGCCAAGGAUCCAGACCUUAAGCCUGCUCCAUGCUCUGGAGGCCUCUCGGACUCGGGAAGGAACUCCAUGUCCAGCCUUCCCACCCACAGCACAGCCAGCAGCUACCAGUUGGAUCCCCUCAUUGCCCCCGUGGGGCCCAUCAGCCGGUUCGGGGGCUCUGCCCACAACAUCACCCAGUGCACCAUCCUGCAGGACAGUAACAUGAUGAGCCUGAAAGCCUUGUCUUUCUCUGAUGGAGGCACCAAGAUCCUCAACCCCAGCAAGUCCUCAUCGGCACAUCCCCAUGCCGCUGAGAAAAACGCCUGCAUCCGCUCACCCAUCUCCACGGAGGAGUCGGCUAUCCAGGAGCUGGAGCAGAAGCUGCUGGAGAGGGAAGGGGAGCUGCAGGAGCUCCAGUGCAGCUUUGAGGAGAAGGAGAUCACCUCUUGCCAGAGCUUUGAAGAGAAGCAGAGGCGUUGCCGGGACGAGAUGGAAGGGCUGAAGCAGAAGUGCAACAGCAAGCUCAAGCAGACCUCGCAAAAGACCCAGCGGGCCCAGCAGCUUCUGCAGCUUCAGGUGUUCCAGCUGCAGCAGGAGAAGCAGCAGCUCCGAGAAGAGAUGGCAAACCUGAUGAAGGAGCAGGACCUGCUGGAGACCAAGCUGAGGUCCUAUGAGAAGGAGAAGACCACCUAUGCUCCAGCUCUGGAGGAAACACAGUGGGAGGUUUGUCAGAAGUCUGGCGAAAUCUCUCUUCUGAAACAGCAGCUGAAAGAGUCCCAGACAGAGCUCAACAGCAAAACCAACGAGGUCCUCAACCUGAAAGCUCAGCUGAAGGACAUCCGGGCAAAGAUGGAACUGCUGGAGAUGAAAAUCCAGGACUUGGAAGAAUCGCUGCAGGCCAAGGCCAUGGAACUGGAGGUGUGUGAGAAUGAGCUCCAGCGCAAGAAGAACGAGUCAGAGCUGCUGAGGGAGAAGGUGAACCUGCUGGAGCAGGAGAUUGCAGAGCUCAGAACAGAACUGACCAUCCUCAGGGAGGAGAUGAAGUGUGGGGUGGUUUCUUUAGGCCUGGAGGGAUGUGUGGCUGAGGAUGCCCAAGCCCUGUGGAGGGAAGUGGAGAAGCUGAAGGCAGAGCUGCAGGAGGAGCAGGACAACAAUGAGCAGAUGACCGUCAGCUUCCAGCAGGAGCGGCAGACCUGGAAGGAGGAAAAAGAGAAGGUGAUCCAAUAUCAGAAGCAGCUGCAGCAAAGCUAUCUGCACAUGUACAAACGGAACCAGAAUCUGGAAAAGAUGCUCCAGCAGCUAGCUGCAGGAGAGGAUGGCAAAGAGCCCAUAGACCUUGAUCUCCAUGGUACUGAUGUCCCUUAUGAGGACAUCAUUGCCACUGAAAUCUAA